AUGGGGCCUGAUGUGGCUGUUGCCGAUGUCACGCCCACUCUGCACGGGCACUGGUGCAUCGGUGGGAAAGAAGCGCGUCUGCGGCACUUUGAUUGGAACCGCUGCUUUCUCUACCAAUCUGCACCCCAGGGCCCCGAACGUCGCCUCCCCCUCGCGCCGCUUCCGUGGCAGUGGUGGGACAGCGCUGGCAGCAAGUGGGUGUUGGAUCGGGCCAUCCGCGUCUUGGACGUCCCGCACGCGUCUGUGGACCAGCGCCUUGCGCUGGCACAGCAGGAGGUGGUGGCGCUGCGAGCUUGGGCCGAGGUGGCGCGGAGGCGCGCGACCUGGUGGAUGCCGCCGGCACCUCCCAAGCCCGAAGUGGAUGAGGCAGAGCUGAUGGCCGAACGCGCUGCCGGACUGGCUUCCCUGGGCGUCGACUUGACCUCACCGCUCUUCACGGAUGACCUGGGCGCCACGCUGCUGCUGACGGCUGCCGAGCAGGGUUGGGUCGAGCUGUGCGGGGAGUUGCUGUCCUCCUCGCGCCCAGGCUACCUGGAAGCCCAGGACCUGGCCGGCCGCACCGCGCUCUUCCGCGCUGUGGGCGCCGGACAUCGGGAGCUGGGAGGGCUGCUGCUGUCCGCGAAGGCCUGCCCGUCCUCUGCCUCCGUCGACGGCCUCCAGCCCCUCCAUGCCGCCUUGAGCAGCGGGCGGGAGGAGCUAGCUUCUGCCUUGCUGGCCUCGCGUGCGAAUGCAGCUGCGCGGCUGCCGUCAGGUCAGAUGCCCAAGGACUACACCGAUCCCGAUGGGCGGAUAAGGAGCCUGUUGGACUCGGCCCUGGUCAGCGCGCCGCGCCCCCGCCGCAAGAGGUCCGUUGCCUACGGCAAGGAGGAGGCCAUCGGCAUCUCCUGGCACCGAGAUGCGGCUGCAUGGGUGGUGCGCUCCCUGAGCCCCGGAGACCCAGCCUCCGAGGCGGGUGUGCGCCCCGGCUGGGUGCUGCUGCGCGUUGACGGCGCGGCGCCCGGCCGCGUCCAGUCCAGCUUUCUGACGACUUCUGGCACGGGCACCUGGGUGACGUCAUCGAUGAGCGGUGGGCUGGGAAAAAAGGGCCCCUUGCUUGAUUGUGUGAUGGUCCUUGGCGCCACAGGGGAGCCACAAGACGAUGUGGACAUGCAGAGCGGCAAGGGCAAGGAGGAUCCCGAGGAGGAGCUCCUGCACCCCAGGGACUUAGCAGAGAGGGAGAGCGAAGACGAGGCGGAGCCCUCCGAGGGCUGGCGCGACACGGAGCCUUGGGAGUACAAGAACGACAAGUUCGAGGAGGACUUCACUCGCCUCUUAGAGACGCUGCGAACUGGCCUACCAGUCCUGUCCUUGCCAUCCUUGUAUGAGCAUGGCCUUGGCUGGGUGUGGCCGGGUUUGGAGCGCGAGGGCCCCGACUUCUGCGUGGAGGGCCGUACCAUCAAGAAGGACUCCCGGCAUGCCAGCCUGAAGGAGUACCUCUCGCAAAGGGAGCGUGCGGGGCUCAUCUCCCGGCAGGAGGUGGAGGAUGAGGAUGCGGAUGACUCCGAUGACGAUGGGGAUCCAUUUGCAGGAUUAGAAGCCGCGGCCGACCGUCAGGUGGAGCAAUGCUGCAGCAUCACUGAGCGAGACUCGCAGCGACACCGCUCCUCCGUGACCGGGAUGGUCAGCGAGGCCACGCGGCAGAACGUCAUGCAGCAUGUGCAAGCUGGCCUGGCGGUGGUGCUAGGCUAG